UGGAGUGGGCGGGCGUGCGCGUAGCAGAAUGAAUGAUGUCAGGGAGCACCGCGGCGAGCAUGAGGCUCGCGGCAAACACGGCGGCGGCCGCAGCCCCGAACGAGCGCUGCCCCCGGCGCCCCCCGGSCCGGAGCCGCCCUCCAGCGGAGCAGCGCUUCCAGCUGCGGCACUGCUGAGGCAGGGAAGCUCUGCGAGAAGUGUCGCCACCGCCGACGCCCUUAAAGUCGGUCCSUUUCGCCAGGAAGGAGAAGAGGCUGAGGCUGGGAGAGGAGCAAACCGCAGGGAAAGGUAGAGAUUGUGGCAAACUUUCUAGCUGCUUCUGCGUACUGCUGCCUCACUGGUGGGAGUGUCUGCCCAUAAGGAACUGCAAAGCCCAAACCUAAGAGCCCUGAGGCUCCAAAAAAGACUUCAGCCGCCUUUGGAGGAGGAACUGCCAGCAGUGCCAGCUUUUGCAUACACAGCAGAGUAGAUGAUUCAGCUCUAGAAGAAAGAUUUGUCUUCACAAAUUCCUUUGAAAGCACAAUGGACACAUUUUAGAAGUCAUCUAAGAACAAGAACACUGGACUUUGAGGAAUAACAGAGUUCAGAGAGCCCAGAAAUUGGUCACUAAUAAACCCGCUUUUGCCACACAGCUUGGAAAUGAAUACCAUUGAAACAGCAAAGCUUGAAGAGCAUAUGGAGGGUCAAACAAAUGACACUUCUAAUGGCUACUCACGACCUGCAGUCUCAGUCAGUGAAGAGAACAAAAAUGGCRCUAGCAAGCCAAAGGGCUUGUCUAAUGGCUUGCGAAAAACAGCAAAGAAGUAUCCUGAUUACAUCCAGAUUGCUAUGCCUUCUGAAUCUAGGAACAAAUUUCCUCUGGAAUGGUGGAAAACAGGCAUUGCCUUUGUCUAUGCUCUCUUCAACUUGAUUUUAACAACUGUCAUGAUCACUGUAGUACAUGAGAGAGUACCUCCAAAGGAGCUAAGCCCUCCCUUGCCUGACAAAUUUUUUGAUUACAUUGAUCGUGUGAAAUGGGCUUUUUCUGUAUCAGAAAUAAAUGGAAUGAUACUACUUGGAUUAUGGAUAUUCCAGUGGUUGUUUCUUAGAUACAAAUCAAUAGUGGGACGCAGGUUCUUUUUUAUAAUAGGAACUUUAUAUCUGUACCGCUGUAUUACCAUGUACGUUACCACCUUACCUGUGCCUGGAAUGCAUUUUCAGUGUGCACCAAAGUUGAAUGGAGACUCUCAGGCAAAGGUUCAGAGAAUCCUGCGACUGAUUUCUGGUGGUGGUCUGUCCAUAACUGGAUCACACAUCCUGUGUGGAGACUUCCUGUUUAGUGGACACACCGUAGUCUUAACGCUGGUCUAUCUGUUCAUCAAAGAGUAUUCACCACGUCAUUUCUGGUGGUAUCACUUAAUCUGCUGGCUAAUGAGCGCUGCUGGCAUCAUUUGUAUCCUGGUUGCUCAUGAACACUAUACCGUAGAUGUCAUAAUUGCCUACUAUAUCACCACACGGCUCUUCUGGUGGUACCACUCAAUGGCUAAUGAAAAGACUUUAAAGGUGUCUUCACAGACRAAUUUUCUCUCUCGAGCAUGGUGGUAUCCAAUAUUUUAUUUCUUCGAGAAGAAUGUGCAAGGCUCUGUUCCUUGCAGUUUUUCCUGGCCGAUAUCUUGGCCUCCCAGCUGCUUCAAAUCUUCAUGCAAGAAGUAUUCACGGGUUCAGAAGACAGGAGAGGACAAUGAAAAAUCUACCUGAAGAAAAGAAGGAAAGCRUCAGCUCUGUUUUUUUCAUCUUUGGUCUUUCUUUUUUCUUACCARAACUUUAAUGCUGUAACCAAAGUUCUUAAGAGGACUGUAACUGAAGAAGUGGACCAAGCUUCUGUGCAAUUGAUUGGAAAGACAGUUGUAGACACAUAUAUUGCCAUUUCAGAUGUUUUCCUCUCGUCAGGCUGUACAGACCUAUUCUACUCUUCAGUGCUAAUGAAAUACUCCACUGAUGGAAUUUUUUUAUUAAAGAAAAAAUGGAGCAGGACUUUGCUUUAUUAACGAGAUAGAGGUGCCAAAGACCACAGUAGCACUUUCAUUACUAACUGUCACUCAUCCACAGAAGCACCCAAAAGUCUCAUCUUCAGAGCUCUGGAGUGCGUAAGGGCAAAAACAUAUGAAAAUGUAAAGGCACGAUACUGGCAUAUUGAGGUGUAUAAAAAAAAUAACACAAUUGUGGGAAGUGGUUUGUUGCAUUAUUCUUGCUAGUGAAGGUAAGGCUUUUGUGUAACUKGUACAGCUGGAAGCAAGUCUGACUUUUUUACGCACUGCAGGUAUGAAUAUCUCAUGACCCUAGAAUACUACUUAACCAACAUAAACUCCUAUGUAUUCUAAUAUAUACCAAUUUUUACAUUUUUAUUAGUAAUUUUAUAUUUACACAGUUGUGCUACCUGAUAAUUUGCAAAUUAGAAAUAGCUGCUAACAUCAGAUCUCAAGGAGCCUAAAAUUUUAUUAAUAUAAGGGACACAGUUUCAAAGUCUAAAUCUUGAAUUGCAGCUGGCCUUGUGUAUAUAGCUAUACAGUGCCUGUCAGUGUAUAUACAUGCGUAUACACACAAAAGCACACACCUUAAGACUGUUUACUGGGARGAGUGAUCAUAGAGUUGUUGAUGCAGGCAGAAGUUCUACAGCUCUCACCUGCUUGAGGAAUGCAAGGCCAGGUCCAAAAUGGGGCUACAUAAAACGAACUUUAAUUAUAGUAGCAGUCUCUUGCUGAAGCUAUGUAGCAGGUUUGCUUGGGAACCAUAGUUCUGCAUUGAUUUUUUUUUUUCUUUUAUCUGUUAACACAUUUCUGUAACUUCCUUUGAAAAAAAACCAAACAAAAAGUGCUAAGUUGAAAUACAUACAACAGCAGCAUUUCUUCAAUUACAAUAUCAAAUGACUUCAUAUUAAAUGAAAACUGUGGUAGAACUCACAUGUAGAUUCCUUUUUUYCCCAGAGUUUCGGUGCAGCUAAAAUGGCUAUUUAAACAAGUUGGCUGAGAAUGUGGGAAACUACMGUGGGGUUAACAUGUAACAAAACUACAGAUUAACAGCUGCCUGUUUCUUGUUGGUUUAUGUUUUGUGUUGUGAAAGCAAAGUAGAAAAUCAUCAUGCCAUGUUUAGCCAUUUAUAUUCUGUAUUGAUUUCUGCAGUUGACUCAAUAUUAUUUUCAAAUAUUCAGUAAAACCGAAUGAAAAGAUAAAACUACAUUAGUGUCACCUCAGCACUUAAUAUAAAGGAAAUGCUGCAUAUUUUAAGAAUGUCUUGAACUGAGUGACAAGAGUGAACACAAUUUGAAUAAUGACAACUUGKUUUUUAAAAGUCCAGGUAAAGUUAUAAAAUUCAAUACAGAGUAUUAAAGWAUAAUCUUUUUCAUUUAAGGGGAUUAUUGCUCUGAUUUGUACAUGAGAAUAUUUUUGAUGUGCAUUUCAAAUAUUUUUGUGCAUUAUCAAAAUAAUAAAAUAAAAAAUGUUUCUUUCAGUACAUCCUUGGAAAAACUUAGCUAAGAAAGAAAUUCUGCUGGUGUUUGGUUUUGUUAAUUUGAAAGAACUUAGUAGACUCUCCUAACAUGCCCCUGAAGUGKUGUGUGUAUGGGCAUAGCUGUGCUUUCAUUUGCUUGCUUCUAGCUGACCUUGAACAACUAAAAAGCCAGUAGCAAAACAUUUUUGAAUCUUUUUUCUCUAUCAUACAAAUGAAUUUAUUCAAMAUCAGUAGAUCUCCCAAGCUACUUGUUAUAUCAGUACUACUUGACAGAUCAUAAUCUUUUAAGUUAAAAUCUAAGCUUUGUGAUACCUUAAAUAUGGUCAUGUUAAGCCACUUAUAGUAAUACUAUCUUUUAGGAGUUACAAAGGGUUUUCACUAGUGGCCACCAUGCCUUGAAAAUAGCAUGAUGAAAAGCAUUACAUAGGGAGCUUAAACAGAGGUUUUCAUCUGUUGGCUGAAAAAUAAACACGUUGGUGGUGGUUAUGCAGACAAUUAACUAUCUGGACUAUGUCUCAGUGGGAUUUCUGUAAYAGAUCUGCAAAGUAGGUUUUCUUCAUGCAGGAUGAGUUGUUUGGAGGUUUCUAUACCUUUUCCUGUUUCUGAAAGAAAAAAAAUGUGAAAGUGAUGAAAUAGAGCCAAGUAAAGACUCUGCUUUUUUGGUCUGUGUGAGCUUUCAUUCUACUGCUGAAUUUGAUAGAGACUUCUAUUGUCAGMCAAAAGGAAAGUUUAGAUAGCAGCUGUAUCUCUAACGAUUUGAUUCCUCUUCUGGCUCAGCCCUCCCUUAAAUGCUUAAUAUUUCUCCAUUGUAUGAAAGCUCUCAAAGCAGGAUCUGUGUGUGUUUAAUUAGCAGAAAGUGCCAAUUCUCUAUGCUCUCAGUAGUUUUUAAUUGUUUUUACAAACUUGGAUCAUAUAGCUGUAUUUGAAGACCGUUUAGACCUAUACAUAAGGUMAAAAAAUGGGGUAAGUAAUGGUAUAUUCUAAUUCUUAUUGCUGAAGCAGUUUAUCCACAAUACAAACCACAACUKCUAAAUGAAAAUUCCUAAUUUUAAGAUCUUAGUGCUCAUUGUAUAUGAAUACCGUGAAGUUUCGUUUCAUCCUAGGAGGCAAAAUAUUGUAGUAGGUAAAAAGAACAGGAGAAACUUGGACUUUACUUAGGCYUACAUUCAAGUGAUCAGUAUAUUUGGUCUGGAUAUGUCCAGUGCUUUCCAAUAUGUCACUCUUUUUCCCUAGUUACAGUAAUAUUUCUUACAGAUGUCCCAUGGGCUGCCCCUUUACUGUGACUAUAUUAUGCUUCUCUCUGCUGAGGAGCAUUUACCUAUUAAACUUUACAGAGAUUUAAAGCACUCCACUUGUAUACUUGACCUGUCAGCAUAACUUAAAUGCUGAUUGGUGCUUUAUGAAACAAGCUUUCUUAAAAUGCCUAACCUAAAUUUAAAUCUGGAUUUAAAAUGUUAACUUGAACAUUUAAAGAAAUGUGCUACUAAAUGGUCGUGCUACAGAUGCUUACUUGUAAUGCCAGAAAUUACUAAUGUCUAUUUGRGAACACUGUAAAUGGACACUUUUUUUGGUACGUGCUUAGCACUCCCAUGUGGACGUAAAUGGUACUAAAUGUUAGUCAUCCUUCAUUGCUGUUUUCUUGGAAAGAUUGCCACRGGUGGGGUAGUAGCAAAAAUAGCUGUGCUAUUCAUUGCUAUGAAUUCUAUGCUAUAAACUGGAUUUGCUGCCCUCCUUAAAAAACAGUUGGGAGAGGAGAUUAAAAAAAGGUAUGCUAAAAUACACUACCUUCAUGUACUAGAGAAAUAAAGCUCAGCAACAGAUUUGGGAAGUCUUUUAAGAGAUGAGAGACCAUUCUCUUAAUUGGAUUAUUGCAAAUCCACUUACCAGGGUCUUAAAUGAGAAUCUGUUCAAUCUCUGGCUUUCUCCUGUCAGUAGAAUCUGGCUAGACAGUUCAUCUUAAGUUUUUUGGUAGUAACSCAAAUUAUUAUUCUUAUUUCAGCAGAUGUAAAAUAUAGCUUACUAGAGACUGAUCCAUUAACUUCAUUGCAAGGUGAUGUCUUUCCAGUAACUUUAAAUGAAGUUCCCCAUAGUUCUUUUUUUGUUGUUGUUGUUGUU